AUGAGAGACCACAUCAACAAAAGGCCAGGUGAAAACGAUCAUGACGAGAGGAGACUGGCCGAACUCGGCCACGCGCCAGCGUUCAAGCGCCAGUUCAGCCGCGGGACCAUGCUGGGCUUGUCGUUUGCCAUUCUGAACUCGUGGACCGCCCUCGCCACGGCCCUGUCCGUCGCCCUGCCCUCGGGCGGCCCCGUGGCCGUCGUCUGGGGCCUCGUGGCGGCGGGGUUUUGCAAUCUCGCCCUCGCCGCCAGCCUCGCCGAGUUCCUCUCGGCGUAUCCCACCGCGGGCGGCCAGUACCACUGGGUCGCCGUCGUCGCGCCUCGGCCGCUCCAGAGGGGCCUCUCCUGGGUCACGGGCUAG